GUGUCCCAAACUUCGUCUUGGAAGACGCCCAUCUCCUUAAGCGCAAGCUAGUAAUAGCCCGACGACCGUUUGUUAUCUCUUCCAGAAUGGCAUCCGAUGGUGCCCUGGGUGUGGAUGUGCAUGGGCCGGACAAGUACCUGCCCCCAAUCCCCCAUCUCUGCAACCCUCUGGGCUCUCUUACUGACGAUGGUGACAAUGAAAUCUUCCAAUGUGACUGGGAGGCACAGGAGCAGACCAAUAUUUUCAAGCUGCUCGGGCUGGAUCACCUAGCAGCAAAUCAGAAAUCAACCACCUUGGACAUGGUGAAGCAGUGGGCGACAGAUGUGGGCGGUGGAGAUUGCAACAGCCAUGAUGACAGCAAAGGCCACCUCAAAGCGCAGCCGUUCUGGACCUGAUGUCGUCUUGACUGAAGCGGAUCAUGGAAACAAAGGCGAAGGGGAAGGGGGGCAAGAAACAACGGUGGUAAUGGAUGCACGUUUAUUUUGGGGUGGAUGCACAUGCAAUGUGAUGGACAGCUGCAUUGUCUUCUUUUGUGGAGGUGCCUUUUCUUAGGGCUGAAGGCACGUUCGUAUCACAUGGUGGACAGGGUCUUGAGACGGCUUGGCUUAUAAGCAAAUCCGUAUUAAGACACUGUUCAUCAUAUGAUAAGAACACGCCUUCCUAGUUAGGAUUGGAGGCGCGUCCAUAUGGCGCGAUGGACAUUAUGAAAAAGCUUAAUUUGGGUCUGAAAGGGGCCGUCAUAUCACGUGAUGUAUAUGUUUCAUUUUAUGGAGACGGCUUCUUUUUGGACUGAAAGGGGCCUUCAUAUCACGUGAUGGACAUGGGCUCGUUUUAUGGAGACCACCUUCAUUUUGGACAGAAGGGGUAUUCAAAGCGUAAGGGACGUUCAUUCUGAGCUACCUUCAUUCUGUAAUGAAGUGGUCCUC